CUGAGGACAUGCGCAGUGUGGUCCCACUCUCACACGGAGGCAUGGCGAGCACCGAAGCUAGAAGGGAGUGUGAGACUGAGGGCUGCAGCAAGGACGCAAAACUCCAGUGUCCCACAUGUAUUAAGCUCGGGAUUCAAGGAUCAUACUUUUGUUCACAGGAAUGUUUCAAAGGGAGCUGGGCUUCUCACAAGUUGCUGCACAAAAAAGCAAAAGAAGAACAGAACCAGAAUGAAACUAAAAACUGUGUGGAGAAAGAGACAAACACAGAUCCAUGGCCGGGCUACCGUUACACAGGAAAAUUACGUCCUUACUACCCAUUGACUCCCAUGAGGCCUGUACCUGGCAACAUCCAAAAACCUGACUAUGCUGACCAUCCCAGAGGGGUGUCUGAGUCAGAGCAGUUCCUCAAGGGAACAUCACAAAUCAAGAUCCUUUCUGCAGAGGACAUUGAAGCCAUGAGAGUGGUGUCAAAGUUGGCCCGAGAAGUUCUAGACAUUGCAGCCAUGAUGGUGAAGCCGGGUGUUACAACAGAAGAAAUUGACCACACAGUGCAUCUGGCUUGUAUAGCGAGGAAUUGCUACCCCUCCCCUCUUAAUUAUUACAACUUCCCCAAAUCCUGCUGCACGUCAGUCAAUGAAGUAAUUUGCCAUGGGAUCCCAGACAGAAGACAACUACAAGAAGGAGAUAUCCUCAAUGUGGAUAUCACAGUCUACCACAACGGUUUCCAUGGUGACCUCAAUGAGACCUUCUACGUGGGUGAGGUGGAUGAAGGGGCAAAGAAGCUGGUUCAGACCACCUAUGAAUGCCUUAUGCAAGCCAUUGACUCUGUAAAGCCUGGGAUCCGCUACAGAGAGCUGGGUAACAUCAUUCAGAAGCACGCUCAGGCCAAUGGCUUCUCUGUGGUGCGCAGCUACUGUGGCCAUGGGAUCCACAGAUUGUUCCACACAGCUCCCAAUGUCCCACACUAUGCCAAAAAUAAAGCAGUUGGGGUGAUGAAACCAGGACACGUGUUCACCAUUGAGCCUAUGAUUUGUGAAGGUGGCUGGCAAGACGAGACGUGGCCCGACGGGUGGACGGCGGUGACCCGGGACGGCAAGCGCUCGGCCCAGUUCGAACACACCCUACUGGUGACGGACACGGGCUGCGAGAUCCUCACGCGUCGCCUUGAAGACAACGGCCGCGCCCACUUCCUUGGCCAAAUGUAACACACACAGUACACCCCGGAUGGACUCGAUGGACAAAUACCCCAGAACUCGCAGUAUAUGACUCCUGAAGCUCAGUGUAGCGAGCUUCUGUCUGUUCAAUAUAUCAUGGUUCCUCAAGUUUAAUGGAAGUACUUGAAAGUGUCUUUUAGUAAACGUGGAUUGCUAUAUUAGUGAGAACUGUAUCCUCUUGACAGAAGUAAGAAAGUAUUUAUGUCAUCAAGCUUGACAUCUGAAACCGUUUGACCUUUGACCCCUCACGCUAAGAUUGCCGCCAAGGGUUUUUUGAAGAGCUCAGGGCAUGAAUAUAUCAUGCUACUUUUUUUUUUCUUCAGCUGUUGCCUAUUUCACUUCAAUACUGUACAUGCACAUAACAGAAAUAAUAAGGACAGUACUUUGUAAAAUACUAUGUUAUGGAUAGGCCUGUCACAAUAACACAUUUUGAAGGGUGAUGUAUUGUUACAGGAAAUAAGAUAAAUGAUGACUUUUUCCAAUGAUAAAAUAAAUAAAAAGCAGGUUAGUUCCAAUAAUUUAUGUAUUAAUGAACAAUGUAAUUAAAAAGAUAAGCUGCAAUAAAUAAAAGAAUAAAACACCUUAAAUUAAUAUCACUGAGUUGUAGAUAUAAAUUGUCAGACCCUCUACAGCUCAAAUGGUUAAGGAGCUGUAUAAAAAAUAAAAUAAAAAUUUCAGUUUCAGAAAAAUAAAUAUUGAGGCCCUAAAACUAUUAUCCCAACUUCCAUUAAUUGAAGGAUGAGCUGAUAUAGUAAUUAUGGUGACAGGUCAAACUGUGGGAUAUUAUAUAUAAGGCACAUUUAAAAACAAAUUUCCUCGCCUUUAUCGCCUUUAGUGUAAUUUCAAUGAAGUUGGUCCUAAAUUGUCAAAGUAGAAUGUGGCUAUAUCUAGUGUGCUGACCGCUAGUGCUUUGCUAAAACUUAAGAGAAAAGCUAUAGAUUGAAAAAAACAAAAAAAUAUGAAAAAGUUCAUUUACAAAAUGCAACAUUACUUGAAGCAGUUCUCUCCCACAUUUUAAUUCAUUGCUGUAGGUAUACAGUCAACUACAACGUAUUAGUAGUCAUUUUUCAUAUUGCUGAACUCUCCAAGUCUGUCCAAGCAUUUCACCGGCACCUCUUCACUACGGAGUCUUGUGUUUUUUCGAUAGCCCUGGUGUGAAGCCUUAAUAAAUAAAAGCUCGUGUUAAAACCACACCAGAUCUAAACCGGUAGAUGUCACCUUGAAGCGGGGGUUUCCUGGUGUGGCAUUCUUUUAUGUUAGGAGGAAUAUUGUGAUCACGGUUGCUCUGCCAUCUUUGUAUUUCCUCGAAUUGAGUAAUAAAUGGCUCUUCUGUA